UUUUUUUGGAACAAAAUCGUGAGCGUCCUCAUGCCGGAUAUAAUGCGAGCUUUGAGAAUUGCCCUGGAUAUAGAAAACGCAAGAAAACGCACGACGAACCAUUUAUUUACAAACGCAAACGACCCGAUUGUGGGCGAACGUCCAAUCAUUCAUCGUUUUCCUCUCACAAGGAAACAUAUCAACCUAAACAUAAAUGCGAGAACUGUAACAGAUCCUUCGCCCGAAACUACAACUUGAAAAAACACAAAGAGCUGUGCUCCAGAACUUCUCAAAAGGGAAUUCAUGAGUGCCCUUAUGUUGAAUGUACUUUGCGCACGAAAAAUACCAAGGAAUAUACAAAACACAAGAAAACGCACGGCGAACCAUUUAUUUACGAAUGCAAAGAAUACAAUCGUGGGUGA